CACCAGCAAAAACAAAACACUCCUUUUAGAUCUCUCCACAUUAUAUCCAAAUACACACACAGAAUAAAGGAAACCUCAUCCUUCAAAAUCUAUCUCUCUCGAUUACAUAUAAAACAAACACAGAGAUUUCAUUAUCUCUAUUCAAAACAAACACUCACACACAUCCACACUUUACUCUCUCUCUCGUUUACCUUCAUCAUCAAAUGGAACCGGCCGGAAUUCCGGCAACCGGCGACGACGCCGCCGGAAACGGCGACCUUUCCUCUCCGACAAGCAACCAACCACCCCCAUCCCCCCUUUCUCGUUCUGAAACGAACAACCACCACCGUUUGGUGAUGGUGGUGCGGCGGCGACCAAACAGAAGAGAGAGAGAGAGAGGCGGCGAGAAGAGAGAGAGCCGAGAAGAGAGGAAGAACCGGCGGUCAAAGGUUCGGACCGCCGGUCGAUUUGUUUAUCCGCUGGUCAGCAGCUCCGAUUCGGUUCAGGUCUCGGGUACGGGGUCUCGGGUUCGAGUCACAGCUGUGGUUCAGGUUCCGGGUGGUCACCGGCAAGACACGGCGGCUAUGGUGACGGCACGGGUGGUGGCGGUGGUUAAUAUUGUUCGAUCAACAUCAGACACGGGUCAAAGAGCGGUUCAGGUCCAGGUCAAACAGUCAACAGGUCGGUUCGGGUUACGCGUGUUCGGCUCAGCAGGUUUUCAAGUCUCGGUCCGGUGCUUCGUGUAUUCAUCCGACGAAUUUCACCGCGAGUUGACUCGGUCAACUCAACCGAGUCAACUCGGUAAACGGCAGAAAGUCAACUCAGCGUUCGGGUCGGCGGUUCUAGUCGACAGUUUGGUUCGGAUCAGCCGGUUCAGGUUGGAUUAGGAAGCGGUUUGGAUCAACACGAGUCAACCCGGUUGACUCGGUCAACUCGGUCAACGCAGUCAACGUUCGACGCGAAGAUGGGUAAAGUCUAACGACACGUUUAAAAUUUUAAGAUUUUAUUUAAUUCGUGAACGAGCUCGAACCAUCAUUAUACGUCUAGUGAUUUAUUUAUGU